CCAAAUGGAUAUGAUCGACUGGAUGUGUACAAGCAGGUGAAGAUUGCUCUACCACAGAUUCCAAUCCUGGAGGACAAACCACGCUUGGAGAGAGUUCGUGCAACACCUGCGAGUCCAUCCCAUGCUGGGAGAGAUCCUGGGACUGAUCAUUUUGACACAGUUCUGGUGAGGGUGGAGGAAAGGAAUGAGUACGUUUCAGGUACUGGAUUGGCAGGUCUACGGGUUGCCCAAGUGCGGGUGAUAUUCAAGCUUCCGCAAUACCUGCAGAGUCAUCCACAGCAGUCACGGCCUCUUGCUUAUGUGGAAUGGUUCACUCCAUUCCGUACUCAAGAUCAGGACCUUCAGCUCUAUUCUAUAUCCCGCAGCAUGAGAAACCAGCGUCCAAAUGCUCAGGUUAUCCCCUUGGACAACAUCUUCCGAGGCUGUCACCUGAUACCCAAGUUUGGUGUUUCAGUGAACAAAGAAUGGUCAUCAAGUAAUGUGCUGGAGAAG